AUACACAGCAAUGUAGCAUAUAUUAUAGUAGAGUAGUCAAUAAUAGCUUCGAAAUAGCAAGUGUAUUUCGAACCAUUUCGAACAGCGAUUUUAUAAUUAAGCAUUCAAAAUGACUGAAAUGUUUGCAGCGUAUUUAAGACGCUCAUUCCCUGGAAUUCAGAAAUGGGUGUACAACUAUAGUGGAUUUAAUAAAUACGGCUUGCGUCGAGAGGAUAUCAUUCACGAAACGCCAGAUGUGAUAGAAGCGUUGAGACGAAUACAGCUGAGGUCCCCAGAAGUAAUAGAGGAACGCAAUUUUCGUAUUGUCAGAGCUAUGCAGCUGGACUGCGCGAAGAAAUAUUUGCCCAAAGAACAGUGGACGAAACUAGAAGAGGACGAUCUCUAUCUUCUACCUGUACUAAGAGAGGUGAUAAAGGAACGUAAAGAGAGACAGGAAUGGGAAGCUCAGUAAUGAACAAAAUACAGUAGUCUGUACUAAAUAUAAUUAUCCAACAUUUAAUAUAAUUAUCUAAUGAACUGUAAUCCCAGGAUCAUCGAACUGUACAUAUAGAAUAAAAUUCGUUCUUUCGAA